CAAAUGUCAAAAGUGAUAGUUACAAAUUUUUGUGUAGUCAGGUUAUUAUCCCGUAUGAUGCGAAUUGACCCAUAAUAAAAUUUUAUCAAAUACAAUUCAUUGCUUUAUAAUUUCAGUCUUGAUAAUGUCUUGAAAUGUUUACUGUGUUUGAAUGAUCGGCUAGAAAGCUUCUUUAGUCGCAGAUUAAGGAACGUCCCAGGAUGUCAGAUUAUGAUAUUCAAUUUGAAGCCGAUUUGGAGAAGGCGCAGGCUCUAAGUUUGGAAAGUCUGGCUUUGGAACAGUUUCGUAGGCAGAAGCAACUCUCUGGCGCAGAUAAUGUUCGCGACGUAGGCGUCAGUUCCCGGCGCCGCGACGAGAGCGACGAACCGCCACCUGCUUUACCCCCACCGCCGCGGAAACCGCCGCGAGGACGCGUCUCCGCUGACUCCACCAGCAGGUCCACUGGAGCAAGCCCCACAAGAGAUGACAGCAGUGAUCUCAUAUCAUUUUCUAGCCCUACGAGCAAAUCUGCACCCAAAGAUGCGCACGCGUCGCUGAAAGAGUACAUAGAUCAAAUUAACAAACAAACUGAGGAACUUACACUGACUACACAAGACGCAACUCCAGCCACAAUGAAUAAUCAGAAUCAUCCACCCAACCAGGUUCCCGGUUAUCCUUACGCGCCGUUUUACAGCUACCAGUAUUCCUAUAACGCAAUGUCCCCCAGUCCUUAUCCCCCUGGAGCGCCCUACGGGAUGCCAACACCAAUGCCCACACCUAUACCAACGGCAAUGCCGGCACCAAUGCCUACACCGUUACCCAAUUAUUCGUAUUACCCCCCAAACAUCGCCCCUUCACGGGAAUCGACGCCUGUCUAUGUGCCAGCUAACCCUCCGAUGUAUGCGACGACAAUGCAUUAUAGUCAAACCCGAUUGGCCACUCCCCCCACAACAUACACUGGGUAUCGACCACCAAAUCCACAAACGCCAGCGUACAAUUAUAACACAACAAAUAUGAUAUCCAGACCACCACCACCUCGUCCCACCAGCAACCUAUAUCCACAGCUGAGUCAAAUGCACACUUAUCCGAUGACAAUGAAUCCAGCACAAAAACUGAAUGGAAAUAACAAUAGUAAUAAUAACAACAACACCGUGCCUGCUGCACCCAUGAAGAAUGAACCAAAUAAAGACAGCGUUGAGAGAAAGCUGUCAGAAGUGAGCAAUGCGUCGAACGAAUCUAGCGACACAAUAGGCAGCUUGCCCAAGUCUCUGAACCUGAUAGACUUCGGCGGCAGACACCAGGGCCCAGGUAGCGUAAGAGUCAGUGUGCUUGAGGAUUUUGACCCCUUACUUACUGAGCAAAGUAACGCUGAAUAUGUAGUUGCCAGCGAGUGUUCCAGCAGCGUGUAUGAAGAGUAUGACCCACUCGACUUCUUGUAUGGCGAGACAGAGAUGCGAGAUGCACCCGUAUACGCGACCAUCAAUAAGCGAGAGAGCACGAUGUUGCCCUCUCCGCCGCCUAAGUCUAUACCAAGCGUACCAGCUGUCGCCAAAAGAUCUACUACAAACAAACUCUACGAUUGCAUAGUGAAAAUUAGAACGCGAAAUUACGACAACGAACAUAAAGCAUUUCUGAAAAUGGUCCUCGACGUUAGAAAAAGGUUCGUGCAUUCGCAUGUUAAAACGAACCCAGGAUACGUUAUAGCGGCAAGAUCGGGUGGCAAAUAUCCGCCCAACACUAGCCUGAAGAUUCUAGUCCAUCAUGCUCAUAGCGAUGAGCCAAUCACCUUCACGUCUGAUGUGGAGUCGACAGUGGAACAUGUGAUAUUAACUGUAGUUUGUUCUCUCGACGAAGACAUAAGAGACGAUAUGUCCGGCUAUAUGUUGAGGGUUUGGGGAGCGAAAGAAUAUCUCACGCCCGGUAGUUCGCUCAGUGAAUACGAUUAUGUACGGGAAUGUGUACGCUUAGAAAAAGACGUAAGGCUUUGUCUCCACGAAGGCAGAGACGUCGCCUUAGCUCGAACAGAAAGGGACGACGCUAGAGACUCCCAUCUCACUCUGGACGAUUUGUUGCCAUCGCAGGGAGCCACGCCUAUGCUGUCGUUCGAUAACUUGUCUAUACUAUUGGAAACAUUGGAAGGCGAGUUUUCCCGGGCGAUAGGCGUGACCGGCGCUGAAGGCAGUUGUUCCCCGAAGGCUGUUUUCCAGGCUGUUAAGGCGAUAUGUGCAUUGGCGGGCGGAGUGGAAACUUUGCACGUCACGAAUACUCUGAAUAUGUUCGCGCAAGCUUGUACUGCACAGCGCGUCAGUAACGCGGUCACCCCUGAAAUACACGGCGACAAUGGCCCUUAUUCCGCCGUCUCGUUGCGUUCGGCGAACGCUCGUGAAACUGUCGCCUUACAAUGCGCGAGACUCAGAGACGCUGUAAGGGCUCUACUGGCGCUAUACACAAGGACAAGAUUGUUGGACUUCCAGCUCACAGAUGCCCAGUAUCUGCUGCAUAACGCUGCAUCUGUCACGCACGCUGUUCCCGCGUACACUAUACCAGAGACCACUCUAUUCUGCAUCGAGGCUGUCCACUGCCUCCCAUUAUGCUGGAACCACGACGAAUACCUGUUUCAUACACAAGUUUAUUACGGAACGCGGCCUCUGAAGACAUUGCACCUUACGCAGACCUCAAGUGUCGAGUGCGGCGGGUUUUAUCCGAGGAUCAUAUUUGAUACUUGGCUCAAUUUGGAAGACGUUCCAAUAAGCACGCUGCCUCGAGAAGCUCGCCUAGUCAUAACCCUGUACGGUAGAACGCAGCGUACAGUCGACGGGCCGCAUCCGAACGAUGUGAAUCAAACAAACAACUCAGAUCAAGAAGAGACUGCAAAUGUUCAGUUCGAGCAAGUGGAAUUGGGAUGGGCGGCGCUACAGUUGUUCGAUUACGAUGGUAUCCUGGCCUCGGGAACUUACGUAUUGCCGCUAUGGGGUCCCGGUUGCGAUCGACGUAUCGGUCCCGCACCUCAUCCCAUGAAUUCGCCGCCGCAUCCGUAUCCCGUGGUCAAUAUAGAGAUUCCAUUGUACGCGCCUAAUGGUGUCAAAUGGACGAACGGUGAAGAGGAUAAGGAGAAGACUUUGUCCCCGGCCGAUUUGCCCGCGUUCGAUUCCCUGGACGGGCAUACGCAGUCACAAUUGUUGCAUUUGAUAGAACAAGGGGCUUACCAGAGAAUGCCUACGGAAGGCAGAGAGAUAUUGUGGGAGAAACGCCAGUACCUAGUGCAGCUCCCUGGGGCAUUACCGUUGGUGUUGUUAGCGGCCACCAACUGGUACGGCGAUCAUCGAGCCCAUCUCGUCGCCUUACUGCGGCUGUGGUGUAAACCAUCGCCCCUGAAUGCCAUGCAUCUAUUACUACCUUGUUUCCCAGACGCAGCAGUCAGGAAGACAGCGGCUACUCUCCUCGAUCAAAUGUCCGACGACGACCUCUGUCGAAUAUUGCCGCAACUGGCUCAAGCUCUGCGGCAUGAAACCUACGAGUGUAGCCCGUUAGCAGAACUAUUGCUAUCUCGUGCAUUAGCUGCGCCCGCCGUAGCUCAUAGAUUAUUCUGGCUGCUAGUCCACUCGCUCCCAAAUGUUCCUCAGGCGCCCAACGAAGAAUUCCUAGGCAUCACACUUGAAGAGAGUCCCGGAGAACCCCAAGAUAUAACAGACGGAUGUCUAACAGGCGCUUGGCGUUGUCGCCUGUUACUGCGCGCUUUACUCGCCAUCACUGGACAGAAUUUACACAGAACUUUAGUACAACAGCAGUUACUAGUUAAGACAUUGUCGGAAGUGGCUUUAUCAGUGAAAUGCGCUAAAGAAGGCCUGAGACAGCGCGCAUUAAUAGCGGGCGGAUCCAAAGUGUCCGCUUUGUUGCGAAGUGAGCCCACGGCUUUGCCAUUAGCGCUGCGUUCAUACGUGCACGACGUGGAUAUCAAGUCCUGCUCAUAUUUUUCUUCAAAUACGUUGCCCCUCAAAAUCAACUUUAUUGGCGUGGAUAACGCUAUAGUUCCUGCCAUGUUCAAGGUGGGUGAUGAUUUGCGACAAGAUGCGUUGGUGCUACAAGUGAUCAAAGUUAUGGACAGUUUGUGGUUGAAGGCGGGAUUGGACCUGCGUAUGGUCACAUUCGAAGCCUUACCCACUAGCAAUAAAAGAGGAAUGAUAGAGAUAGUUUCUGAAGCAGAAACUUUACGAGCCAUUCAGACCGAAUGGGGUUUGACCGGGUCGUUCAAAGACAAACCUAUAGCGGAAUGGCUGGCCAAACACAAUCCCUCGGAACUAGAGUACCAGCGUGCCAGAGACAACUUUACCGCGUCUUGUGCCGGAUACAGCGUAGCUACUUACUUAUUGGGCAUCUGCGAUCGGCACAACGACAACAUAAUGCUGAAGACAUCGGGACAUCUGUUCCACAUAGACUUUGGCAAGUUCCUAGGAGAUGCGCAGAUGUUUGGGAACUUUAAAAGAGACCGCGCCCCUUUCGUGCUCACCAACGACAUGGUUUACGUUAUCAACGGUGGUGAGAGGCCGACUCAAAGGUUUCAACACUUUGUGGAGUUAUGUUGUAUGGCGUUCAAUAUCGUGAGAGCUCAUCACGACCACAUUCUUGAUUUGUUCGCGCUGAUGGCGAUGUCUGGAGUGACUGGCGUAACAAGCGCGGCAGUGAACUACGUUCGUAGUGCCCUCCUACCAGCCGCAACUAACGCAGAGGCGGCUGCCGCUUUCGCGAGACUUAUACAUUCUUCGCUAAAAAGCAAGUUUACGCCCAUCAACUUUUUCCUCCAUAACUUGGCGCAACUGAGGGCAAGCGGCGACCAAAGCAGCAACACUUCAGAGCUCCUCUCCUUCAUGUCGAGGACUUACACCAUGGCCCAAGAAGGCCGCCUCGUCAGCGUGGAAUGUCUCGGCUACGAGAAGCGCUACGACCCGGAGAAGCACUACGUGUACGCCUUACGUAUAUAUCGUCAAGGACAAACUACGCCUUCAGUUCUGUAUCGCUCGUACAAACACUUCACGGAACUGUAUCAGAAGAUAUGCCUGCACUUCCCGCUCUCUAAAGUUCACAGUUUACCUUCCGGACUUCACGUGGGGCGAUCAAAUACGCGUAUAGUAGCCGAGCGGCGGUUCAGCGACGUUCAAGCGUUCCUAACUUCACUCUUCAACUUGGCUGAUGAGAUCGCACACUCUGAUCUUGUGUACACAUUUUUCCAUCCGCUGCUGAGGGAUCAGCAGGACGUUGUCCCGCAGAGGAUGAAGAAUAGAGGUGAAUCGACAGAAGCCGAGAGUAGCGGUUCCGGUUCCCUCAAACUAUCGGUGCAAUACGCGGGCGGAGUUCUGUCCGUGCUCAUAUUGCACGCGCAGUCGUUGGCGAUCACUCCGCAAGGAUUGCCGCCUAACCCUUAUGUCAAGGUAUACCUAGUACCGGACCCAACCAAAGAGACAAAACGCAAAACACGUGUUUUAAAACGAAACUCGCAUCCCUCCUUCAUGGAGAUGCUGGAAUACCGACUACCCAUCGAAGUUGUGAAGAACCGCAGUCUACAAGCUACAGUAUGGCACUACGAUUCCUUACAAGAGAAUCAGUUUCUAGGCGGAGUUGUCAUACCGCUUAAUUCCCUGCCGUUGAGACAAGAAACAGUCGCGUGGUAUCCGCUUGAGUAUAUACCACGGUAGCUAAUACUAGCGCGCUCUGCGAUGUGGAGCACGGAUCUACCGUCAACGUGAGAAAAUGAAAAGUGAACUUUAGAAAGAUAAAGUGGGCUUUAUAAAGUGAAAAGUGACCUUUAGUAAAUGAAAAGUGAAUAUAAAAAAUGAUUGUGAACUUUAGAUAAAGAAAAGUGAAUUUUAAGAGUGAAAAGUGACUUUUUAUAGGAAAAGUGUGCUUGCUGGUUCAAAAAAGAUUCCGAGGUGUAUUCGAGUUUUUUACGUAUUUGCUCGCUUUUGUGCGACAUUGGCACAUUUUUUAAAAAAUGUGUACAAUGUUACAUUGAGUUUAUACAUAAAGGUGAUCUAUUUUGAAAACUCACAGAGCACGCAUAAUGCUAUAAGAACCACAAUUUAGGCAUGUUUAAAGAUCAUAAUCAAUAGUAGAAGUAGGUAAUGAAUGAACUUAAUCUGCGAGACUGAAAUGUGUCAAUACAUGCUGGCUGUAAGAGAUUUAUCCAUCCGUAUUCUGUGCCAAAACCGAUGAAAAGUUUUGUAAGAUGCCUUGUGAUUGAUCGAUAAGAUAACAACCAUAGGAUGCUGCAGAAAAGAUUUGAUGCUUUACAUGUGUGCUGGGAACACAUAUCAGCUUAUAUCAGCAUAUUUCAACGAGAUCUUUAACACAUAUGGCCUAUGUAUUUUAAAUGAAGUUAAUAGACAAUAUUUGUGAUACUUACACCCUUUUGACAUGAAACACUCGUCAUGUGUUAAGACAUACUAAUUUGCUAUAAUGUUAUUUGCUUAAUGUUCUAAUGUUGUGCCAGUAUGAGCUUGCUUGAAAGGCUGUUAAAUUUAUGCGCCCUACAUUCCUUAAAUUCGAUUAUUUUUAUAAUUUUUAUACAUAUUUUGAAUAAUUUGAUUGGAUAUAUCUGGUGCUUGCAUGGUCAGUGAAUAUAAUUGAGAUGGUCUGCCGCUUUUGGGCGUUAAUUGUUUGAGGAUGAUCCUAAUAUUACCGGGAAAAUCUAUUAAGCUAAAAUAUCUGUAUUAACAAUUAACUCCUCAAAGUCUGUAGCCGACUACACAAAUCAUUCAAAAUCAAUAUGAAAUAAUAUUUUAUAUAAGUUCACUAGCUGACCCAGCGAACUUCGUACCGCCCUAAAAAAAUAGGGGUUGUCCAGCGGACAAAAUUGUGAAUCUAAACCAUUCUCAGAUCCCCUUGAACACACACAAAAAAUUUCAUCAAAAUCGGUCCAGUCGUUUAAGAGAAGUUCAGUGACAUACACACUCACAGAAGAAUUAUAUAUAUAAAGAUAUAGUUUUGUCAAAGUUGUGUUAUUUAAGAUCUGAACAUUAUUUUUCUUUUAUAUUAAUAGUACAUAAACAGUGGUAUUUUCUUUCAGACAAAUGAUAAUUUAUGAAUAUCACAACUUAAAUAUGAAUGGAUUAUUUUUAGAUUUCCUAUUUAUUGGAAUCAAUAAUGAGUCAUUUAAAAAUGUAUUUUUUUUUCGUGUGUGUACAUUAAUUAUGUUUAUAUUAAUUUACCCCUAAAACGUAAAAAUAAUGAAAAAAAAAAUAUAUACAAUAUGUUUCAAUUUGUUUUAAUUAUUAUAUUAUAAUACCUGCUAUAUGUUUAUAGUCUUGUCAGAAAAAUAAACAUGGACUAACAGAUGUCUCAAUAAGUUUUUAAUGCAUCACUGAGUAAAGCUGUAAUGACAAUUAUUAGUCCCAUGUUUGUAUUCCGUGAUAUGGCGAGGUUAUUUUUUAUCUGAUCACCUAUGACUUGAAAUUAAUUUAUAUUAGUUAAAAGUUACGCGCCAAUAAUAUCGAAAUUUGUAUUUAUCCAGAGGCUUCCAUAAAUUGCUCUAAAUCGAAGAGCAAAAUAUCAAUAAAUCAAUGUCUUUUUACCCGACUGCCAAAGAGGGAGGGUAAUGUUGAGGGAGUGUAUGUAAGUAUGUAUGUAUGUCUGUUCCUUUGUGACCUCCUGUAGCCUAA